ACUUCAGUGAGAAAGGUAUUUUAUAAGGUUUGUGGAGGGAGGCUAAGAGAAAUGUUGAGAACCGCUCGUGACAAGGCAUCAAGCAUGGCAGCAACAGAACAACCUGGAAUUGAAAAUCCAGACAUUAGUACCUAUAACCCGGAAUGGAUCAAUCAGUCUUUAUGGUUGUUACUUGUUAGCCAUUGGAAUAAGCCAAAGUGGCAAAAUUUAUCGACAGUUAAUACCGUAAACACCGAGAAACGAACAGGUGGAAGUCAUACCACAGGAUCAGGUGGCUUUCUUGCGGCUAGAAGAAAAUUGGAAGCAGAAUUGAAGCGCCCACCAAAAGCACAUGAAACCUUUAUAUACAACCAUGUGAAGAAAGGGACAGAUCCUUUUGACUUGAAGUCACCACAGGAUUUUGUUAAUGAUAAGUCACGUGCAUUUGCUGAUAAGGUUACAAAAUUGUUAAAGGAGAAGCAUGGCUCUAAUGAAGAUGACUACCCCCAUUUUGAUCAAGAUAUAUGGGAUGAGUGCACUGGCGGGAUAAAGAAAGGGAGAUUCUACGGGUCAAGUAAUUCAACAGAUCCUUGCUACGUCCUGACGGGUACACCAUCUUCACUCAGCACUUGUAGCUCAUAUGCUACACAAGGACCACAGGUAAAAGUGUUGACCCAAUCUUUGGAAGAUAUGCAAGCAAAACAUGAGUUACAACAAAAGGAGAUUGAUGAUAUGAAAAAACGUGAAGAAGCUCAAAGAAAGGAGCUAGAGGAUUUGAAAGCAAAGAACAAAGUGGGAACGGAAGAAAUGAAAGCUACCAUCGCCACUAUGAUGAAGUACAUACCCAAUAUGACUCCACUGUCCUAAAUGUAAAGGUUUAGUCGUUAGUUUGAAUAAUUUCAAAGCUUUUAACUUUCGAAUGAUAUUGUAGCUUUGUUUGCGGAUAUUGUUUUGGAUUAUUAUGCAAUUUAUAUAUUUAUUAAUACUUUUGUGGA